CCUGCACGGAGACAUCAGUCUCCCCGCACGGAUAACAGGACUAGCAGCCCUCCCGCCCGGCCACGCAUGCUUUGUCCCGCAGACAGACCGACCACCGACCACCUGCACCAAGAUGUACCACUCUGACCACGGUGUUGACUUCCUGGACCUCUGUUUCCAAAUCCCUGGCAGCCGUGCAGAGCUGGGCCCGGCACACAGGGAGUGAACUCAUCUCCAAGUAAACCACAACUCCACAGCGUCCCCCUUCACCCACACAGGGCCUCCCUCUGCUCCAGUCUCAAGCUUUCUUCGUACUGGAUCAUGGACAGCCCUCCUAAGCUGUCAGGCGAGACCCUGAUCGUGCAUCACAUCCCCCUGGUGCACUGCCAGGUGUCCGGCGGGCGGAAAGGUGGCUGCGGAGCCUCGCUGAAGAGGGGCAACCCGUUCAUCCCGCCGGAGAACCUGGGCCUGAGCCGCACCACGUCCCUCCCCGAGAGAGAAGUCCUCCAGAGAGAGGCUCUGCUCUACAGCAGCCUCAUCCACACCUCCAGCGGCUCCUGGGCCUCCAACAACGGCGGGAGGGAGAGGAAGGUCGGCGGGAGGGGAGGCAGCACGGCGAGCGACGACUCGUCGUUCACCUCGAGCAAUUCGGAGGACCAGCUGAUCGCGGUUCACACGUCGCCCCGAGCCAAACCGAGGAGCAGGAAUCCGUUGCGCCACAAUCCGUUCCUGCUGAAUACGGAGGACGAGGAUGAAGAAGAAGAAGAGGAGGAGGAGGAUGGAGACAACCUCAGUGGUUACCUUGAAGACUCCUCUUUUCACCUCCACAGUGACACCAACUCCGCCCUAGACGACGGGAUGGCUCCUUUCCACUUGCACGACCUGGGCUUUGCCUCGGAGCCCUUCAUUUUGCACAAGUCGAUGGGCGGAAGCCGUCGGGAGUCCCUCAGGGCGGUGGCCUCCGACCUCUCCGCCCACCUGGAGGACCUUGAAAUCCUGGGACUGGACGGCCAGCUGCGCCUCGGCAGCAGCGGCUCCAACAUGUCCAUGGACUGUGGGGAGCAGGACUGGGCCGAUGAGGACGGAGAAGACGAGGAUCACCCCAUGAGGUGCGGCCGGAGCUCCUCCAGCUCCUGCACGCAGAACUGCUCCUGCUGCACGCUCUCCCAGAACUACCCCCAGCACUUCCCCGAGGCCUUCUCGGAGCCCUUCUCGGAGUGCCAGCAGGGCUACGGCAGCGACUCCUCUUGCAACAGCUCGGACGGCGUGCUGGUCAACUUCAGCGCCAUUUACAACAAGAUGAACAACAGUAUCCCGGAGAAGCCGCCGGCCUCCGGGCGCACCAACCUCAACAGCUCCACUGACCACUCCCGCACCUCGUCUGUUUCUGAUCCACUGGCGAACAAGCGAGACUCCACAGGAGGGGCUUUCUAUCUGGACCUUCACACCUCCCCAACCGAACCCCCGCUAUCACAGCAACAAACCUCCUGCCUCGCCGGCGCAUUCCCUCUCAUGCGUGAGCCGCUCCUGUCCACCUCCUCCAACUGCUCCUGCGCCGUGGAGCACCAGGGGGCUCUUGACCUCGACGCCAACUGCAACUCGUACCACCCUCCGCACUCCGGGUCGUCCGGAGACCUUGUUUCCUGUCUGCAGAGUGAAGCCCGCCUGGUCGUCGCCACCCAGAACUACUACAAGCUGGUCACCUGCGACCUGUCGUCCCAGUCGUCCCCGAGCCCCGUGGGCUCCUCGGUCAACAGCUGCUCCGACGAGCACAGCAAGGGCAGCCCCACCCCGACCCAGCCCAACGAGUACUUCCUGUUCAGGCAGAGGGCCGAAGAGGAGGGUUUGGAAGAAGAGGACGAAGGUGGAGAGUCAUCUAGGCGAGAUGAUGAUGAUGGUGGUCCUGAUGAGGACGAUGAAGAGGAGGAGGAGGAGGAGAAGAAGAAUCAUCAGGCGGCCGUUGGAGCCGACGCGGUGAUCGAAGGCCAGGUGUACGUCAACGUCUCCCCUCCCAUGGUGAGCCGUGCUCUGAUCGGAGCCUCCUCGGGCAGCCGCCCUCGCUCUCGCAGCUACGACCGAAACCUGGACGAGUGUCCGUCGCCUCGCCUCGGCUCUCUGGAGCGCAUGUUGAGCUGCCCCGUCCGGCUCAGCGAGGGCGCCGCCCUGACCCCGCCCCCGCCUCCCAGAGUCACCUCCUUCGCGGAGAUCGCGAGAAGCAAGCGCAGAAACGGAGGCUCGGGGGGUUCGCCGUCCAUGAAGGCGGCCGCAGACCCUUUCUCCUCCACUUACUCCGCCCACUCCCACUCCUCUGCGGAUUUCUCUCCGAUCCUGGAGCAGCGUUCGGAGGGCGACUGUCAGAGCCUAUCACCUGUUCCCUUUACCAGGUGUUACAGCCAAGGCAGCGCUGAGCGACACCUGGAGGGGGCGAGGGAGAGCCGGGCCAAGGCUGAAGGUGGCCUCUCCAGCUCCUCAGACAGCGUCCCGGCGGUGGUCCGCUACACUAAGGACCAGCGGCCCACCACCCUCCCCAUCCAGCCCUUCACCUUCCAACACCAGUUCGCCUCCAAACCCCCGCAGCCCAAGCCCCUGCUGCCCCUGCUCACGGGCUACGUCUCUGGGAUGCAGGCCCGCUCCGGUCCUGGCUCUGAAGGUCCGGUGGGGGAGGACGGUGGAGAUGCACCUGAACAUGUGCACAGGUACCAGGGGGCUCUGUCUGCAGCAGCCCCUCCGCCUGGAUCGGUGCGACCCUCCCCCCUCGGGAGCUACUCCCCGGUGCGGCUCCAGGGGGCUCCCAGCUCCGGGACCUGCUCCACCUGCACCCCGAGCCCUCAGCCGCAGCACAGCCUCUCCUGCCCGCUGUCAGCAGGCCUCGGCGCCCUGCACACCCCGCCGACAUCAAAGCAAGGAGGGGGUUCGGUGUCGUUACCCCCGACCACUCCGCCUCCAUCCCUGGGGGUGAAGAGAGGGGCGAUGCCCCCGAUGCUGCCGCCGGUGCAGGGACAAUGUUUCCAUCGUGCAUCUCUGCACAGUUUACCAGCCCUCAACAGCGACACGCUGAGCCCACUGGGCUGUCAGGAGUCUGGAAAACACCUGGAGGGAAGCAUAGCACCCGGAGCCAGAACACAUAAUGCAGUGGGCCAAUCAACCAAGCUGCAGCAGAUCUACAGCGACUUCCUGCCAGACUACUUCUCCAUGACCGAGAGGCCUCCCGAGGAGUUCUGCCUCUCCCCGGACGCGUCCUCCUCCUCCUCCUCUUCCUCUCAGUCCCACAUCUCUGUGGACCUGACGCAGAAGAGAGGUUUGGUGAAAGCCGUGAACACAGCAGUGGAUCUGAUCGUGGCUCACUUCAGCACCAGUAGAGACCCAGACGUAAAGGCCAAGCUGGGGAACAGCUGGGUGAGUCCCAACGUGGGUCACCUCAUCCUGAAGUACCUGUGCCCGGCCCUGCACGAGGUGCUGCAGGACGGCCUGAAGGCCUACGUGCUGGACCUGAUCAUCGGACAGCGGCGCUGUCAGCCCUGGAGCCUGGUGGAGGCCUCCACUCAGCUGGGUCCGUCCACUCGUGUUCUCCACAGCUUGUUCUCAAAGGUGAGCCAGUUCUCGGAGCUCACGAGCCACAGCAUGAGACUCAACGCCUUCAUCUUCGGACUGCUCAACCUAAAAUCUUUGGAGUUCUGGUUCAAUCACCUCUACACACAUGAAGACAUCAUAGCAGCACACUACAACCCGUGGGGUUUCCUCCCCCUGGCGCAGGGGGCGUGCCAGCCGCUCUUCGAGGAGCUCCUCCUCCUGCUGCAGCCGCUGUCGCUCCUCCCGUUCGACCUGGACCUGCUGUUCGAACCGCACCUCCUCCAAAAGGGGGAGGAGCACCUCCGCCGUAAGGAGCAGCUGUGCUCCGCCGGCCAGAGCGUCGACCAGUCCACUCGCUCCACCUUCCAGCUCAUGAGGGGGUGGAGCACCACCGUGGGCGAGAUGGUCAGAGACUCCGGGGCGGAGGCGAGGAAAGAGAGGCCCGGGCUUAGAAGAGAGGGGACGUGGCCGAGGAUGGAAGGGGUCGGGUCGAGGAGAGAGGGAGCGGGAGGGAAAACGAGGUUGAGGAGCGAGGGAGCGACAACUGAGAGCAUGGAGCUCAGGUUCGCCAAUCAGUGGAAGGAGAGGGGGAUGAGCGGGCAGAGGAUGAAGGGCGUGGGACAAGAGAGCCAAGGAGACGGUGAGGACAGACAGGAGAAGGACGGGAGGAAGGAGAAGGUGAAGGAUGUGGCGGAGGAGGGGCGACAGCGUCAGGAGAAACAGGCGGGGUGGUGGUACCAGCUCAUGCAGUCCUCCCAGGUCUACAUCGACCAAUCAGCAGAGGGCUCAAAGUUUGUCAAGACGGAGAAAAGGAAGAAGUCGUCCGAGAGGCGACAGAAACAGCUGCCGCCCACCAGAGAGGGAGUGGUGGAGGGGGCGGAGUCCAGCCAAGAAGGGGAGGGGCUUAGAAGCAGGAAGAGCAGCAGCAGCAGCUCCGGCGGGGAGUCAGCCGGGUCCAGGGGGAGGCGGUCAUGGAUGGGCAGCCCGCCAGACUCGGUCCUGAACCAGGAGAGGGAGGCGAAACCUCCGGAGGUUAAAGGGACUGGAGCUCAAGCUGCAGCCCAGGAGGAGAGCCCCUCACAGGGACAAGGUCUGCGAUGGGGCAGGCUCUUUGGAUCCAGCGUCGGUUCUCCUUCGAGGGUUGAGGCAGCUGAGCAGAAAGCAAAAGCUCAGAAGACCCGGCCUCCGUCAGGUUGGCUCUCUCUGGACCGGUCUGUUCUGGACCUCGUAGCUCAGACUAUCGGAGGAGGCAGCGGGAAGAAGGCGGAGCCUCCAGCAGCGCCCACUCACACCCAAACCUCACCUCCGCCAACGACAACCCAACAGACUGAAGCCAGACAACAGUCUCCAUGUGAAGUGCGAGCCCUCUGUCACCACAUAGCCACGGAGCCCGGCCAGCUGAGCUUCAACAAAGGCGACGUCCUCCGGGUCCUGAGCCGGGCCGAUCCAGACUGGCUGCUGUGCUCUCUGGGCUCCACCCGAGGCCUGGUCCCCAUCAUCUACGUCACCCUCAGAGGCAUGGAGGACAGCCAGGACGCCGCCGCACUCGGACAGUGUUGAAGCAGAAAAAAGCUGCCAGGGGAGGAGAAGAAGACAAACCGCUGAAACAAACAACUGUUUUUGAGAAAACUGCACAUUGGGGAUGAUUCCCGAAAACAAAAAGAAUAAAAAAAACAUUGUAUAAAAUAUGAAGAGGAUGUACAGACACAUGCAAGGGAAGCAUGCACAAACUCACACAUCUACUUUAAAGUGUACAACCAGACAAGUAUGCAUGCAUACAUCCAGAAAACCAAAAGACCAGACGAAACAACCCAAAGACUCUCCACGCUUCUUCAGAACUGUGCUACUAGCUUCUCUCUGCUGCUGUCCUCCAUCUCUACCUGCGACACAACGAUGAGGAGGCCGCUCAGCAGGCGGUAAACUUCACAUAUGAUGAUACACUUUGCUGUACUGUCCAUACCUCCACCUCGCUGUGCCACAACACAGUGGUCAGUUAUCGCCUCCGUCUGUUUCACGUCCCGUUGCUAACUUGGUGCCGAUUGAUCUUUUAAAUUCACCUAGAAAACCAGUGAGUUCUUUCUGUUUUUGGUCAAAUGUAAAAGCAAAAGUAACAAUUGAUCUACGUCUUCUCUAGCUGCAGAGAUUCAGCGUAUUAAUUAUUAUUAUUAUUAUUAUUAUUGGGAGAGUAGAUAAAACCACACAGGAGUUUGUUCAGAUGGCAAUUUUAAAUCUGUUUCCAUCCUCUACUUGUCUUUAUUUCACCUCUGCUCUUCAAAGCCUGUUUGUAUGAAAACAGAAGGGAUGGAUCAACAUCCAUCUCACAUUACUUAAAGUUACUGUGAGGAACUUUUAACUGGUUCUGAAACACUCAAAGUUGAAUCCUGAUCCUCUAUAGACCUCCAUCAGUAAACCAGACCAUCAGAGAGAAGAUCGUCUGUUUCUAUAAAGUUAUUCUUAAAGCUCGUCAUCGGAGCCACCGGGUCGGAUUCUGGAGAAACCAGAUGAAAUCAUGCAGGUUCACCAGAAACUCCUUCAGCUCAGACUCCAGCAGAGACCAGUCCACCGUGGACAGACCCAGAUCCACCAGAGACCAGUCCACCGUGGACAGACCCAGCUUUACUGCAGCCUUUGACCUGCAGUCGGAGCUCCGGAGAGCAGCGGCGUCUCCUCCUGCUCCUCCUCCUCCAGGAGCAGAGCUUCUCCUCUCUGGGAGUCAACACCGACACCAAGCUGCUGGAGACCCGGGCCGUAUUACUGGACCCGCUGGAGGGAAGGGAGGCAACGGGAGAUCCAGAACCAGGACUGAGCUAAAUCAGACCGUCAGACACCUGGUGCUGUAAAAUGAGAAGUUUUCUAAAGGGACUCUGGUGCUAAGAAACAUUACCACCUUUGUCCACAGGGGGCGCCAAAAUCAACACAAAGAGAAAGUUCCUCAUUGUAGCUUAAAGUUAAAAUCAUCUUUCUUUUUUACCCACAAUCCUGUUUGCUGCGGUCUGAGCUGUACAUGUGCAUCUGAUCUAAUGGCACAUUCUGUAAAUGCAUAACAUGACUAACACAUGUGGAGAGUUCUAUUUAUUUAUUGACCCGUUCAGGUGGCAAAGGGAAGCAUCUAACUGGACGAGUGCAGAACAAAACAGGGAAGGAUGUCCAAUGAAAGCAAAGCGUAGCUGAGGAGACGUGUGGAGGCCUUUUUGAAUGUGUUGGGAUUAUUAUUUUUAAUUAGUUAUAUGCAUUUAGAGAGAAGUAAAUAAUCUUAUCUAUGCCUUAAAGCGCUUUAGGAAAAAAAAAAGGGAGAUUUUUGUAGUGUUGGAUACUAAUUUUUGUCCACACAUUAUAUUUUGUAUAUGAAGUAAGUCUAAUGAGAAAUCUUCCCCAGAUUUAUGACGACAGAAAUAAAAGUCAUGAGAUGAUUCACAGGUGAUAGUCUAAAGGGAAACCCCAACACAUUCAGCGUUCGUAUGUACGAGCUUCCUGUCGUCGUUCCCAGGUGUAAAAUGAGGCCUUAGGCUCAAAAAUGAAAUGAUGAGGAAACAAAAUGAUGGCAAUAUGCAUAAAACCUGGAUAUCUGAGUGUACACAGACGCCCAAUCCAAAUACUUCACAUCAUAAAAUGGUAAAAUCAGUGUGCAUUUAUUUAAUAAAUGAAUGCUUGUGUAGUUUUUGAAAAACUUCCAUACAUAAAUAUAAUUUUACCGCUUCAAGUUUCUGUUUGUUGCAUUAUUGUACAGUUUUUUUUUUUUUUAAUGUAUUAUAAACAUUUCAUUUCAGCAAUUUACUGUAAAUAUAUUUAAAUCCUUUAGAGCUACAUGUAUGAAUGUUAAUACAGAUUUAAUAACGCAUUUUUAUGUUUAAUACAGAGAGUGAGUUUAAGCUUUAGUUUCAGUUUGUCGAGGUGAUGGAGGCUGUGAUGGAGGCUGUGAUGAGUCGGUGGUCGUUCAGGUCUCUCCAGGCAGUUUGCUGUUCAUUGACAUCCUGUUCAGGGUUCAUAAAGGAAACAACGUGGUCCUAAUGAUAAAACAGAGAGACACAGAGGCUCGGGGGGGGGGGGCAAGAGGGAAAGACAGAUGUUGAUUUGCUGAACUGUUGUGCUUUAAAAUGCUCCUCAGAGAGAAAGAGAGCAGCGGUGUGGUUUCUCUCUCUCUCUCUCAUUGGUUUUUAUCUGCUUUCUCUCUCCCUCGCUGCUGACUCCGCCUCCUCCUGCUGCCUGUAAAUACCUUCAGCAUCGUUGGCGCCGCUCUUCUCUCUGUGUCUAAAGGCUAUAUGAUGUGUACGUAUGACAUUAUCAAACUAAUAUGGAUGUUAAAUAACAAAGUGCUCAU